UGUAAUUCUCAAUUUCCAUGUACUUGCAGUCUGUGAUACCCCUUUGGAAAGAACUAGAGUACUUCAAGGAGUACAAAACAAGACUUAGGGCAUAUGCAGGCCCUCGCAAGGCGCACACGAUCAUACAUGAAGCUGUUUACAUCAUAAGCAUUGGAACGAACGAUUUUCUCGAGAACUACUACCUCAUUCCCCAGCGUUCAUCGCGGUUCACUGUGAAAGAAUACCAGGUCUUUUUAGCAAAAUUAGCGGUGAAUUUUGUGAAAGAAUUGUACAGUUUAGGAGCUCGAAAGAUCUCUUUCGGAGGUCUCCCUCCUAUGGGGUGUUUGCCUCUUGAGCGCACCACGAAUGCCAUGUCAGGUAGUAGAUGCGUUGAACAGUAUAAUCAGGUUGCUAGAGAUUACAACACUAUGUUAACAGGGGAGGUCGUGGCCCUCAAUUGUCAGCUCCCAGGGAUAAAGUUGGUCUUCUCUAAUCCUUAUGAUGUCAUGAUGGACGUCAUAGAGACACCCUCCAAGUACGGUUUCGACGAUGUGUCGGUGGCUUGUUGUUCGAUCGGGUUAAUCGAGAUCGGGUACACAUGCAACAGGUGGAGUCCAUUCACAUGCCAAAAUGCUGAUAAAUAUGCGUUUUGGGAUGCCUUCCAUCCCACCGAGAAGCUGAACCGCAUCAUCACCGACUACGUGAUGAAGAAUUUCCUGUCUCGAAUUGUAUGAUCAUACCAAACAUCAACCAGGAAUGAAUGCAAGGCCCACAACCACAUAACGUUGUAGUUUGUGUUGGAGAGAUCCAGGUUUUAUAGGUGUGUUAACUGUGUAUUUAUGUUGCAUUCUUAGGUGGUAGAUGAGUGUGUUUGGCGUCCAUGAAAAUUUAAGUUAAUUGCAUCACGGUUUUGUACCUUUGUUAGUUGCACUCAAUAUAAUGGUACGGACCUUGGGGAGGGGUUUCACAUGUGCUAAA